AUGGCAGACGCGCGCAUUGUAUUGACGACGCUCAUGGACGAGAAACUGCUGGAAGCCGGUCCCAAGCGACUGUACGUCUCGUACUAUCGCAAACGUGUAUACGCCGACCUGUUGCCGGAUGGGUCGAUCCGGUACAAGAACGAAGUAUACACGUCGCCUGUGCCCUGCGCCUUGCACAUGAAGCGCACGUUGAAUCCCUCUCUUAAGACAGAUGCUGGCUGGUCGUCCAUGUACUCGGCCGCGUCGGGCGAAAGCCUCAAAGAUAUCAAAGAUCGACUGAACAUUCGCAAACGUGGCACCAAUGCGCGCUCCGUCAGCAAAGAGCGGAAAGCAGCGCCACCUUCGCUUACCGUGAAGGAGCGCGUGGCCCAAUUGACCGCUGCUCUGGCCACACAAAAAGCAGUUCCGAAGUGCAGUGCAUGUCGGAAAGAAGCCACAACGGACGUGGUCGAGUGCAGUGCUUGUCACAGCAAAACCCACUGGAAGUGUGCAAGUCCUGCGCUCAAGACGGCCGGACCCAAGUUGUGGUUCUGUGAAAAGUGUGUGACGGGGCAAGCCAACCGGAUCCUCGAGUUUCUUCAGCAGACGCGUCGUGUGCUGGUGGAGAGGAUUGCAGAGCAGAGGGAAGCAAAGGAAAAAGCCACAACAGCAGUUGCAACAAAGACAAUCGAAGCAAAGCAUGAUAGCAGUGAUGCGAACGAUGACGACCCUUCUACUCAUGUUGUUGAGAGUGCAGAGGAUGUUGUUGGUGUGGAGAAAGAGGAGGAGGUUGAGGCUGUAGCGGUUGUCUCUACUGAUAUGUCGAAGAACGACCAACCAAGCGAGUCUAGUCACGAUAGCGUGUCUGCAGCAGACGCGGAGUGCUCGGUCGAGCCAAUGGCAGAGAGAAGUGCUGACAGUGAGAAGCAGCCAAGCGAUGACUCGACCGUAGAUGCAGUAUGUGUGGCAGAGGUGGACGCGUUAAGCGAGCCAAUGGCAGAGAGAAGUGCUGACAGUGAGAAGCAGCCAAGCGAGGACUCGACCGUAGAUGCAGUAUGUGUGGCAGAGGUGGACGCGUCAAGCGAGCCAAUGGCAGAGAGAAGUACUGACAGUGAGAAGCAGCCAAGCGAGGACUCGACCGUAGAUGCAGUAUGUGUUGCAGAGGUGGACGCGUCAAGCGAGCCGAAGACUACUGCAUUCGAUGCUGUGGUAGAGGAAGAGACAAAGCAGACGCAUAUUGACGUCAUUGCUGAUGUGCCGGUUUUAGAAGAAGUUGGGCACGUUGCCUCUGAGAGCAAGAAGAAUGACGACGAUGUGGAGGACGCAAUCGUCGAGACCGCGCAAGUGGCUGUUUCCAGGACCGAAGAGACGACGAGCGCGGAAGAAGACUUUCUGGUGUUGGUCGACAGUCUCAUUGCAGAAGUCUCGUCCAAAGAUGACAGAGCUAGCUUGAUCGCUAACAGCACGGGUGCGACACUAGUGCACCUUGAAAAGACGCACUUGGUGCAGCUCGUGGAAUACGGUAAACGUAAGGUUCUGGCGGCGAAUCAGCUCGACAGCGGAGACGACAGCGAGCGAGACGGCGCAGAGGAAUGUGACCAGGAUAUCACUGCGUCUCGCGACACGUCCGAAGUGGGCGCGCUCAUCAAGAUCUUUGACUUACGUCAUCAGAUCUUGUCGUCACAGUCCCAAUUCCAGCGCACAACAAACGCGCUAGCGAAGCGCACCGAAAAGCAUAUGCGAAAUGCCGAGACCGAAGUGAUGGAACUGGAAGAAUCACGAACGGUGGAAACCACGUCUAUGACGAAAAUGGUUGAUGCGAUUGACCAGCACGCAAGCGACUUGAGUACGUGCGGAGAGAAGAUCUACUACGACGAGGUGCUGCUCGAGAGCAUCAACCGCCGCCGCCAGUACAUUCGAUCCACAAACAUUAAGGACCGUUUUGUGCCGUCGUACCGCCACAGCACGAAGCUCAUGACAACAAGCAGCGACCAGCUUCUGUUGACUGUUUUGUUGGAGAAGCUGCGUGACAUCACGGAGGUGCUGAAUGAGUGGACGAAGAUGGAGCGCCAUUUCGUGGGCAUGACGUCAAGUCUGAACAAGUCACUAUCGUUGAUUGGCACGAAGCGAAAGUGUACGGGCGGCGGCGUGAAGUUUCUACCGACCGUGCCAUUGUUCGCACAGGUUGGGAUUCCUCCGUCCAGACGUCUCAUUGAGCGCCAAAUCGCGAACUUCAAGACGAAUCUGAAUACGAUUCGUCAGGACCGUGUGCGCAUGCGCCAAACGCUUUCUGGGAUCCUGAAGAUCGCGCGAGAAGAGCACCUGAGCGACGAAGUUGUCAAAACGGCCGACAUGCUGUACCAGAAAUGCCGCGACGUGAAGGCCGAAGCGGAGGAAGAGCAGUUGAGGCUGAAGGAGGAAGCAGAAGCUGUCGCCAAGGAAUACGAAGACGAGCAAACUGGUUACAGUCUUCCGAGUGCCAACGACGACGACGCGAGUGGAGGAGAGCCUGAGCUCAAAAAGCAGUGCCUGGACUUGGACCAAGCAGACUCUCGUUCCGACAGUCUCUCCGACGUUGAUUCGAACGCUGCUUCUGCUAUAUCUGCCAUGCAUGCAACGCCACCCAGCGACAAGAAGGGCAUCUCGUCGCUGCUCGGCACCGACGAUUCAGACGAAAAGGACUCGAACUAUAGCUGUGCAGCAAGCAAGGCGUGCGUGGACGAGAACGACGGCAGCGAGGAAGAUCUAGAGCAGGCGUCUCGCGCCAUUGCGGACAUCUCUUCAGUGUUGCCCGAUCUCUCAGGCGGAGGCGAUCCCCGCACGGACUUGCUCAACCCGCUGUUGACAACGGAGAAGCCCGGACUGGACGCGUCGCGCGGUUUCGCGUCCCCCGGUCAGUUCGUGCUUCCCGACCGAAAAGGGAGCAGCGACAAGUGCAACUCGCAUGCGCGACAAGCCAUCGACCCGCAGCAGCACAAUCAGCCGGCGAUGCGCUUCUCAGGUCGAAGCCAGCAGUCGUUCUCGGACCAAGGGUUUGACGUGCCGAGCGAGCAGCAGCUGCGUCCCGAGCUCCAGCACCAAGAGCGGGAACGUCUCGAGCGGCUGCGCAUCGAGGAGCAAUGUCAAGAGCAGGAGCGCCAGGAACAAGAGCGUCGGGAGCUGCAGCAGCAGCGGCUCGAACGGGAGCACCAGCGACUGGAGCAGAAGCGUCACGAGCAGCAGCAGCGCAUGGAAAAACAGCGAUGCCUCGAGGAGCAGCACCGCUUGAAGCAACAGCGUCUCGAACAACAUCACAUGGAGCAGCAGCAGCAGCAGCAGCUUCUCGAGCAGCAGUGCCAGGAGGAGCAGCGGCAACAGGAACUGGAGCGGCAGCGACACCAGCGACAGGAGCAGCAACGCCAAGAGCAGCAGCAGCAGCAGCGCCUGGAGGAACUGCGACGCCGACAGCAGCAGGAGCAGCAGCAGCGCCAAGAGCAAGAGCGGCACUUUCAGCACGGCAAGUCGACGGGUCUCCCGCAAGUCGUGCCUCCUGGCGCAUCGCACCUGCAAAUGCUCAGCCAGCAGCAACAGCAGCAACAGCAACAGCUCCAGCAACAACAGGCCGCCGCUCUCCAGCAGCAGCACUCUCGCCAGUUGCAGCACCCUCUGUACGGUGACAUCCCCAAGGGCAUCCUCAUGUCGUCCGGCAUGGGCACCGCCAGCCAACAAGACGUGUACGCGCAGCAGGCGGCGGCGGCUCAGAUGGGCAUCAACAUGCACGACGUCGUGCGGCAUCAGGACUCGAGCCACUACGUGGGCAGCACCGCGUCUGGCAGUCUGCGGGCAGCGCAUUACAUGGCAUCCGGUGAGGCGUCGCGCAGUGCUGUCCAAAAGCCACCGUCGGGAGUGCCGCGCACGAGCUUCUACGGAGACGACGGCCAGGGCGGACAGCUGCACGCGCAAGACGUGUUCGGCCCGCAGCUCAUGUCGACGGCGCAGCGACAGUUUCCCGACCACCACCACAUGUUCGCAAGUGAGCUACAGCAGCAGCAGCAACAGUCGGACCCGCCGCGGGCCACGACGGGCCAAGAGUUUCUGCUGAGCCGGUCGUACCGGGGCCUGAGCGACAGCAUGCAGCAGCACCCGGGCUUGAACCCGCCCGACGACAACGAUGUGAACAUGGGGGACUGGCCCCAGUGA